CACCCACAACUUAGUAUUAAACUCAGAACUUAUAGGAGGAAGACUCAAAAAAUACACUGGAAGCUGGUAGAGUUCAAUGUGAAUGGGUUUACUGUGCAUAUAAAAAGAGACAGAGCAAACUGAGGCCUUUUGUCCCGGGACAAAUAAAAAACCUGAUGCAAAAUCAUGAAACCUCAUAUUAUAUACUUUUCAUAACUCCUCCUAUUGUGGAGCUUAGUUUCUAGUCUCCACUUCAUUUUUAAUUAUAGUCUGCCAUCUGGUCAUUAUUUCUGAGGUUCAUAAGAGACCUUGACACUUUGGUGAUAAUACAAGGGUGACUUAUCUUAAAAAUUACUGUCUCAGCAUCUUCCACCUUUUCUCACACUAAAAAUGGACCUGACAGCCUUUCACACAGAAAAUAAAAUUGCUAUACUACAUAUUAGCCUUAUUGCUAACUCCCUGGGAACUGUCUCUUAUUGGCAUAAUGCUAUCUUUGCACUCUCACUGGCAUAUUGAUCAUGGAAAGGCAAUUUUCCAACACAACUGCUCAUAUGGACACCUGACUGUUGUUUUAAGACACACUUGAAUAACUGUGAACCUGUUCUUUAAUAUAAAGUUUUGUGAGUUUGAACAAUGUGGGGUAAAGAUAAAUGCUGUGUUUCUCUGUGUGAGUUUGAGUGUAGUAAGAUUCAUCAUAUUUAGAUUUAAAAAUAAUCUGGCAGUCGACCUUUGGCUGCUGGUUUCAGUGUUGUUAUAUCCUCUUGUCUGUAGAUGACUGGCCUCAACUGGUUUUAGUGUAAAUGCAUCUUUACAGGAAAUAUGAGCUCAUUUGACCUAGAAAAAACUUUCCUACACCUUCAGGUUAUCAAAGUCGUUAAGACACGCAUGUUUGUUUGUGCCAGCUCUGAGUCAAAAAGUGUAGUUCAAUCCUCAGGUCAGUGGAUAUAAACUGAGACCACACGUUGAUGGAAAUAUUGUAGUCACAAACAUCUCUCAUUAUGAGAUACAGUACAUCUGCUGUGAUUGCUGCUGCUAAAAGACACACUAAACACAUCAUAACUGAACAAUAUUCUUGCCCACUGAUCAGUAAUUUAUUCAGCCUCUACAGAGAUCACAUAUAUGAGUGACACGUAGCAACAAAGACCACAGAUUCAAACCGCGGAAACUCCUACGUACGGCUGAGAUAUUAAGGUCACAAAGAGUAACAGAAACUUUCACUAAAACACCAGAUCAGUUUUAAUAUGAAGCACAUGCACAAGCUGAGUGGGUGGUAAAUCCUGUUUAGAUCACCUGCAGGGAAUAAGGCAAACCGCAGAAGAGUAAAUAUGAGUAAAAUUCCCCACAUCAUGGAAUCUUCCUCUCUAAUAUUAAUAUUGGCAUCACUACCUGUCAUUUAGUCUAAUAAAUUUUUAUUGGAAACAAAACUAUUUAAAAUGUUUCACCCAAAUAACAGCAUAUUUUCUUAAUUACCUCUAGUGGUUUCUAGUGUCAUGAACCAGUAUAUUUGCUCAAGUACAAUUUUAGGUACUUUACUUGAGUAUUUUCAUUUUGCACUACUUUAUACUUCCACUCCACUACACUUAAGGAUCUGAAUACUUCUUCCACCGUCAUGAACCGGCUCACGAUUCAGACAAAGAGGGAAGGAGAGCACACACGAGAUUAGAGUUCAUAUCAAAGACAAUGGCUGAGUUUGACCUGCGUCAAGCUCUGGAUUGUUCAUCUGAAUCAGAUGAGACAGAAAUCAAAUCCCUCUGCUUUGAGAUGACGGAUGGUGAGGAUAAGACCUUCAGCCUUGAUGAGGGACUGAACCUGGUGGUUUCCCACAACCCGAAGACCAUGCAGUGUGUAGCUACCCUGGUGCUCGCCGUGAACAGGAUGAAAAAGUCUCUGUCUCGCUGUUGUGAGCUCAGUGAUAAGCAGCUCUGCAGUGAGAUCAUGGCAAGCCUGGUGGAAGAAACAAUUGUCAAGAUGGAGGGGAACUUCACCACAGAAGUGAAAAAAAGAAAAUACAAACGUCUCUACAGUGAGAAGCAGUUGACUCUGUGUGACAGCUCACAAAAAGAUCUCUGCCAGGUUGACGGACAGUUAAAGCUGCAGGCCAUCACUCUGAAAGGAGGACACCAUGAUCACAAAGUUAAUUUCAAGCUGGCACAGUACAUCAAACCCUCCCCCGAGUCUGACAUAGGUCAGACUGUCGUCCUGUCAAUCAUGAAGGAGAAAGACCCCCUGCACAUUUCAAGCUCUCUGAAAGACGGCAAAGCUGUCUUGAAUCUAGAGCGAUGCAGUGAGUCAAAUAUGCAGGAGAUCGGAGAAGACAGUGACAUGGACCGUUUCCUCUUCUACAAGAGAACCACGGGAAUAAAUUCGACCACCUUUGAGUCGGUCAAAUGCCGCGGCUGGUACAUCAGCACUUCCUAUGAGGAUGAAUACCAGCCUGUGGAAAUGUGUCGAGGCACUACCCGCCGUAACACCUGCUUCACCAUAAAAUAAAUAAAGUAUUUGUGGGUUUAAGGUGCCAUGCACAGUCAGAAUUAUGCUGAAGACAGUGACACAGCAAUGAAUUGUAGAUAUUUAUGCUUCACCACUAGAUGGUGCAAUCGUCCGCAUUGAUCUCUACUUGGUGAAGUGGAAAUAUAAUUUAGUGUAUUCCACUAAAGAUAGUUUUACUUUAUAUUGUUUUUAAUCACUGAAAAAUGCUGUGAAAACAAACAAAAUUCAUGAAUGAAUGAAAAAAGUAACAGGAUAUUCCUCCUAUUUCCAUUGUUUAUUAAGACAAAUAUGCAGUUGCUCUGUUUUGUUCUAACAGGAAAAUGAAGACUUGAGUGUGUAAAACAUUGUGAGUUUAAAAGUGUAGCGGGCUAAAUAUGCCUGGUUCUGUGAUUUGUGUUUGUUGUUUUUUUAAAAGUGAAGAUUACUUUGCAUUGUUAUAGUGACUUAAACAUUGUGGUAAACAACUCUGACCUGCAGAUCUCACGUAUGGGGUUCCAUUUAAGUCAAAAGUACCAUAAGCUUCUAUAAUUUAUUUCUCAAUGACCGUUAUUGUUUGUCCCUUGAUUUGGUCAAAAAAAAAAUCAGCUGUUAUGCUUGAUAAUUUUCAUUGUGUGUUGUUUUUCCUGUUGU